UGUAGGUUCGAAUGGGACCCGCCUACACAAUUAGUGUAAUUAAUUAAUUCCCAAAUCGGAACAUAUAACUUCCUAAUGGCUCUGAAAUCCAUAUAGAUCCGAACUGAAAUCUUUCCUUACCCGCGACGCCAAGUGUAACCGCACUGACUCACUCACUGAGUCAAUGUACAUUAACCCAUUUGGACUCGGAAUUACUGUUUUGUUUGGAUCCACCAAAUUUAUAAACUAUAUAUUAAUAUUCGUGGUUUGAGAUUUAAGAAGAAAAAAAAAAUGCAAAGCCGGGGAUCCAAUGCCCGAACGGGGGUUCGAUCCCCAAUUUCAUCACUCAUGCUUGCCAUGUUCGCUACUAUGGCUUCCUUCUAUGUCGCUGGCCGUUUAUGGCAAGACGCACAAAACAGGGUUUACUUAACGAAAGAGCUCGAUAGAAUAACUGGUCAGGGACACUCUGCAAUAUCUGUUGCAGACACAUUAAAGAUCAUAGAGUGCAGGGAGCAAAGGAAGAAACUAUCUGCUCUAGAGAUGGAACUGGCAACUGCUAGACAGGAAGGAUUUGUCUCCAAACAAUCAUCAGAUAUGAAGAAAACUCCUGAAAAGGGUCCAUCAAUAGUAAUAGGAAUUUUCACAGGUUUUGGGCGCAAAAAUGAUAGAGAUGCUAUAAGGAAGGCAUGGAUGUCAACUGGUGCAGCUUUGAAAAGAAUGGAGGAAGAGAAGGGCAUUGUUGCACGUUUUGUCAUUGGCAGAAGUGCUAAUCGUGGAGACAGCUUGGACAGGAGCAUUGACAGUGAAAACAGUCAAACUACUGAUUUUUUAAUUCUUGAAAAUCAUGUUGAGGCACCUGAAGAACUCCCAAAGAAAACAAAGCUAUUCUUUGCAUAUGCAGCAGACAGCUGGACUGCUGACUUUUAUGCGAAAGUCAAUGACAAUGUCUUUGUAAACCUAGAUUCGUUGGGAAAUACACUUGCGUCAUAUUCAAGUGUCCCUCGUGUAUAUAUUGGGUGCAUGAAAUCAGGCGAAGUUUUCUCUGAACAGGGCCACAAAUGGUAUGAACCAGAUUGGUGGAAAUUUGGAGAUGGGAAAACGUACUUUCGUCAUGCUUCUACAGAGCUGUUUGUAAUAUCCCAACCAAUGGCUAGAUACAUUUCAAUAAAUAGAUCCCUACUCCGUACUUAUGCACAUGAUGAUGUCAGUGUGGGAUCCUGGUUUAUUGGUGCCGAUGUCAAACAUGUAGAUGACAGGAAGUUUUGCUGCUCGUCUUGGUCAUCAGGAGCCAUUUGUUCGGGAGUGUGAUUUAACUUGACUGAAAGGUCCAAGAGAUAUUCAGAGUGGCAUGCUUGUUGAUUCCCUUGCUUCGCAAUUGCUAGCAUUGUUUCAUGACGGUUAGGUUUUGGUAACGCAUCUCUGUCAGGGGUUCUUCUGAAGUUCAGUCCUUAAUCAAAAAACAUAUGUAGAUUGCGGAGCUGCCAGAAUUGUGAGGAUUCUUUUCUGACGUAAGUAACCCAUAAUACAUCUGAUGUAUGUGUGUCCAUUCUUUAGGAAGUCGGGGUAUUUAACCCCAACCCCUGGGCUUGUCAGGGUCAGACACUAAUUUUACCAUAUUAAGAUAUAUUCAUUGCUUAUUCUUUGAGUAGCGAAGGUGGAAUACUGGAUACUUGAAUACAUCGGUGAAUUUUAGGAUAAUGUACUUUCUAUAGUGACGAGUUUAUGUAGAUAAAAUUCUGUAAACGAAAAUGACCUUUUAUAUGUAUAUCUUUUUCACUAUUA